AUGGAAGGCCGUGCAGUAUCUCACUUUGACGCCAGGCUCCAGCAGCGACUACAGGAUGUGAUGCGCAGUAUGGAGUAUCCUAUCCCAGAGGAAAGAGAGACAGAGUGGAGGGUGGCGCUUCGUACCGAUCUCUGGAAGGAGGACAUCGACGAAAUUCGACCCUUCCG